AUGGUGGCUUCUAACCCCCGAUCAUCAAAUGCAUGCGAGACAUGUCGUCGACGCAAGGUGAAGUGUUCCGGCGAACAACCUUGCGAUGCAUGUGUCAAACAUGGCUGGGAAUGUGCUUUCGGUCGGACCGGCCGUCGAAGAUACUCGGAAGCUCAUGUGCAGCGCCUCUUGGAGAGAAUCCAGUCUUAUGAGGAGCGCUAUGGAACAGAUUGCAACGGAUGCUCGGCGUCUCCCCCGGUUGCCCCAGUGGAUAACCCGCAUCGCCCUCCCCCGCAACCUGGCCCGGUCACGCUAGGAUACAAUGCGGCCAGCGACCAACCGCAAGAGAGUAUCCCCUAUGAAGAUAGUGUGACUGGGAUUAGUCCAGCAACGGACCUAACCUCGGGACCCGCGUUCGAAUCUCAAGUCCGAUUCUUACUUGAUCUGUCGAAACCAUGUCCAUCACCAGCUUCUGUGAUCUAUUCUAGCCAACGUAUUCCAUGUGGGUCUAGAGCGCAGUGGGCAUCGGUCAGAACGCUACUCAACCAUACCGAUGAACCGCCCAUCCCAUCGCUGGAAGCAUCGCAGCAAUUGCUCGAUCAAUUUCUUUUUUAUCUUGGUGUCAGUAAACACUUCUUCGACUCACGUUCCUUUUCCGAUUCCAUGGUUCUGCUCUUCCAGACCCCUGAGUCUCGGGAACAGCAGAAGCGGACUUCUUGGUUCACCGAGUAUCUAUUGGUCAUGGCGAUGGCGAAGCUUAUGGACGUGGAGCCAUCGAGUUGCCAGCCCCCCGGAUCAGACCUAUUUGCAGAAGCGCGACCUAUCUCCAAUGGUGCGAUCGCAAGCAUGAUGCUUAUCUUCAUUAAACUCCUGGCAAAUUGGGCUGGCAUUGCGCCUCGCCAUCGCGCUGGAAUGUAA